UGCUGUUGUUGUCCCUCUGCUCUUCGCUGCCAUGUGAUUGGUCGCCCUGCGGCAGGGUGAUGUCACAGCUGGAUGCAGGUCAUGUGAUCAGCUGACUGUCUGUUCAACUCCACAGUUCAUCAGUGAACGUCCUGGAAACACAGACGGAGGUGACUCCGCCCCCUGAGCCUGAUGGAGCGUAAACUGGACCUAUCCCGUCUGACGGACGAGGAGGCCAAACAUGUGUGGGAGGUGAUUCAACGAGACUUCAACCUGCGCAAGAAAGAGGAGGAGAGACUGGGGGACCUGAAGACCAAAAUAGAGAAGGAGGACACUAAGCGUGAGCUGCUGGGUUCAGAGAACAGCGUCAGCGACUCCCUGUGCAUCCGCUGUCUGCAGCCCUUUAAGUUCCUGCUCAACAGUAAACGCCAGUGUCUGGACUGUCACAUGUUCACCUGUAAGUCCUGCAGCCGCUACAACAAGAAGGAGCACGGAUGGGUGUGUGACAACUGCAGGAUGACCAGGGUUCUGAAGAUCGGGACCCUGGGCUGGUACCAUGACAACGUACGGAACCGCUUCAAACGCUUCGGCAGCGCUAAAGUGAUGAGGUCACUGUACAAGAGGCUGAACGGAGACGGCGGUCGUGACGAUGACACCCAGAGCAUGCCCGACGUCCGCGGCAACGUUUACAACGGGACGGAGGACGACCACGGCGAGGUGGAGGCCCAGCGCUACAAAGUGAUGCGGAAGAGUAAACGUCUGCUGUCCGUCCAUCCCAUGGACUUCGACUCUGAGGACUACUUCCCUUAUUCACGCCGACCGUCUGUCCAGCAGAUGCAGAUGCAGAUGGAAGAGCGCGGCUACAGAAACGACUGUGACUAUGAGGUUUUCAACCACCGCGCCAACCGCCGCAAGAGUCUGGACCGCCACCACCUGAGGCCUGAUGACUAUGGGGACAGUCGGAUGGUCCGGACUCGCUCUCUCUCUAAGAUCACCUCCUCGGUUGCUCGGCAACAGUACGUGGAUACCUCGGACGAGGACGAGUACCAGAGACACGCACCCAUGUACCAGGCCCCACCCAACCGCCGCAAGAACAGCCGCGCCUCCUCCCAAGAGAACCUGGGCCAAGCCCCGCCCAUUAAUGAACUGAACAAACGGAUGUCUGCCAUUGAGAGCCUGCUGACUCGUCUGGAGGAGAAGAUGGGACCAUCUGAGGAGUCGGGGGUGCAGCUGUCUCACAACGAGGAGGAGAAGCUGAGGAGGAAGCUGAGUGAACUGGCAGGAAACCUGAGUGAUAAGAACCUAUCAUCAGAUGAAGAACCCACCAAGAAGAGCUACAGCCUGUCCAAAGGGGUGGGGGGGCUGAGGGGGGGUGCCCCUGUGGAACCCCUGAAGGACCAGGGUCUGAGCUCCUCCAGCGACGAAGCACCCACUGAGGCGCAGAAGAGAUCGACGGCCGCCGCCCUCUGUGACCUCACCACUGAGGCGCUCAGAACCAUAAACGCCACCGAAAAGGCCAUGGUCGAGUAUGGCCUGGCAGAGCCCGCCCACCGCCCGCACGUAGCCGGCACUGACGUAAAGCAGGCCGACGAUGCGUUCAGGGAACUAGAGGAAAAUGUUUACAUGGCGGCCGGUCAGUCGUUCCAGCUGGAGUCCAAACUGCAGCGGCUGGAGCAGAGCGCCAAGAACCGCUUCGGAGGAACAACCGACUCCGAACUGUCGGAACUGGAGGACGUGGUGGCGCUGACGGCGGCCAGGGUGCAGAGCGCCGAGAGCGAGGUGUCGGACAUUGAGAGUCGAAUCGCUGCUUUAAGCACCGCAGGAUCCAAGAAGAAGGUUUCUUCGUCUCAUCAGAGGAAGAAGAACAAUCAGGAGUUCAACAAAAACUCUAAUGGAAGUCAGUGGAGAUCCAACAUGUACUGAAGACAAACCCCCCUCAUUUAAAACCAAUCACUGAUCAAUAAUAUCGUGAAGUCAAAGUCUGAAAAUGUUUAAUUAUUGAAUAAAUAAACA